AUGGUCAUUUUACCUCGAGAUGAUGCACAAAAUGCCUCGGCACCUGGGACGAAGAUGGCUACGGCUCUCGCCUUAACUCUGGUGUUUUGUUUCAUCCUGGUCUACUUGAUUGCCAAAUCAAGAGGUCCCGUCGGCCCAAUAUUGGGGGUCAUUCGAGAGACAGGCACUCGGAGAAGCGCAGCAAGACUGAGGCACGAAGAACUCGACUCGUUCCCCAUCCUCGAGUUCAAGGCAGGGCGACGAACGACCUCGAAGGGUCAAGACGCGCCCGCAACAGCUGGACAGCCAACGAUGACAGCCUGCACCAAGAGCAAAAUCCAGUCUCGGGUUACAAUGAGACUGCCGGAAUCAAUGCAAGCUUUCUCCAAAAUGUACUUCACGACGAAACACCGUUUUGGGCCCUCUCUGCAAGUCUGCUCGAUCUGCACGGAAGACUUCGUAGACGGCGACGACAUCAGGCGACUGCCUUGCGACCAUAUCUUCCACCCACGAUGCAUCGACCCAUGGCUCAUCGCGUCGAUGUCACCGUCGAGUCUGCCGCUCUUCAUGUUUCCAAGCCGCAGGCUGUGUUAG